UACGAGGACCCUCACUCGAACUCAUUGACUAUUUACUAUUUACUAUUUAUUUACUAUUUGAAGCUGGCACGAGAGCACUCCUGAAUGUGUUUGAUUCAUUUUAACAUCUUUUUAAACCGACUCUGAGAACAGUGUGAUGGUUGAACCUGCUCCUGUUUAUUUGACACUAUUUGAAGGACUCUAACAAAAUUGCUUCAGCUUUACUUGAUUUCUUCUCGUGUUAUGGGGAAAUGCCCACACAGAAAGAUGUGAGUCAUUGCGACACAGGAGCUGUGUGUUUAGUGGUACAACCAUAAAGGUCAACCGUCUGUUCCAAACCACUUCGCAAUAAACAGAAAAAUAUUCCACUAAAGUAUGAGCGCGUGUGCGUGAAUGCGUUUCUCUUUGCUGUGUUACUUUCUACGUCCUCGCCGCUCUCGUCUUUCAGAACACGCGCAACUGAAGCGACGCCUCCGACAAUGGCAGACACCAGACCCAUCUUCGCCGGGCUGCUGCUUCUUUGCAACCUGGCGCUGGGACUCACAGAUGACUCGUGCUACAGAAUCGAGCCGGGCACAGUAGCGGGCAUCAUUUGCGCAGAUGUGGUGUUGACGCUCAUCAUCGUCAUCGUCACCUACAGAUGCGCCAGCUUCCGGCGUCAGAAGUUAGAGAACGCUGACAAAGUGUAUAUGAACGUCCGGGCCAACUGCAAGAGCUAAUCUACAGGUGGUGGAGGACAGAGCUAUCAAGUAUAUUAUGAAUCAAGCAAUUUAUAUGAUAAACUCAAGGAGUUACAUAUUAUUAUUAUUUUAUUAUUGUUAUUAUUACACAUUAUAUACUGUAUUAGUAUACCAUUACUCUCAGAUCAAUGCACUUGUACAGUACAAUUAUACUGUUGCUGCACAAUUAAACAGACCUACGGGUAUUUUUAUGUCUAGGCUUUAAAACCCGCAGAGACUUUUCCUGUCCAUGUACAAUCGCUGUCUUUUUUCUCAUGUCAGAUAAUGUAUGUGGGAGUAGGGGUGUUCAUUUAAUCUAGCAGAAUCAAACUCUUCAUGUCUGCUACAUACACACAGGCUGCAUACAGCGCCCCCUGCAGCUCAGCUUAAGUAGCACAACAUCUAAACUGUUUCUAACAGGGUUUGUGUUAUUAUUUCACCUAUCAAGAGCCGUGUUGACCUGAAAGAUGCAAUGCAACUAAGAAAUAAAACAAAUAAAUAAUAUUGUUAGAAAACAGUAUUAAAUAACUCAAGAAUAUAAUUUAUGUUGUUUAAUUCUGUUUAUUCAUAAAUAGAAAUGCUUAAUAAAUACUUUAUUUUAU